AUGCUCUACGUCUCCGCCCUCAUCCCCGUCUUCGCCGCGGUCAACUUUGUCCAGGCUGCACCUGCGACGAGUCGUUUGGUCCGCACCUACGCCCCGGCCUCCUCGUCCGCGGCAGGCAACUCAACUCAGUGGUUCCUCGCUCCGACACCCACGUCUUCGACAACUUCCGCACCCGCCACGACGACGGCGCGUGUCGCAUGCCCUUCCUUCGUCGGCGGCAAUCCGCUUGAGGCUGUCGCAUGGGCGGCUGUGUACUGCCACGACCACCCUGAGUGCUGCCCGGGCGGCACGACCUACACUCCUACCUCGACCACCACACCAGCCCGCAUUACCGUCGCUCCUACUCCCAACCCUUCGACCGUCGCCACCGUCCCCGUCAAGGUAGCUUUUUCGACGACGGAGAAGGCAGGAGCUGCCGACGGCGAGUGGCCGUACCAGGAACUUACGCACUCGCCUUGCCCCGUCACGCCUGUUGGCACUUCGAAGGACGACAUUGAAGCGGCCGCCUGGAUCUCUCGCGACGUCCUCGUCGCACGCCAUAUCACCAUCCAGAAGGCCUGCGACACCUGGAUCACCGUCGGCGACCUGAACGGCAAAUCGAGCACGUUCAAGGUGACGGGCGUUUGCAGCGGGCCGCUCUGCACCGGCGACAUGGUUGCGCUUCCCAAGUACACGGCGCAGCAAAUUUUCGGCGCAUUCAAUGAGGGCGCGGAGGCGAAGUAUGCGUUGCAGGGCUACUUCUGA